AUGGCGAGCCAGGUGGAGACAUACAACAAGGGUCUCGAGGAGUACGGAGUGGUCUCGGACACGACGGCGGCCGGCCCGGACAGAGACCUCGAGGGCACGGCGACGACGGACAGCCCGACGGCUCAGCAGGAUGCCGUGGUGAGUAUCGGGCUGCAGACGCUGGAGUCAAAGCCGGUGCAUUGGUACAGCUACCUGAAGACGUGGGACUUUUGGGUCGUGGUGCUGCUGGGGCAGGUGCUGUCGCUGUGCAUCACAGGGACCAACACGUUCUCGACGUUCCUGUCGAACGAGGGGACCAACAUCCCGGCGUUCCAGUCGCUGUUCAACUACGUGCUGCUGGCGCUGGUGUAUGUGCCUAUCCUGUUCUACCAGAAGGGAUGGCGGUACGUGGUGCACGGGACGCUGUUGCGGGACGGGUGGAAGUUUGUGUGUCUCUCGUUCCUGGACGUGCAGGGCAACUACUUCACGGUGUUGGCAUACCGCUACACCAACAUCUUGAGUGCGCAGCUGCUCAACUUCUGGUCGAUCGUGUGCGUGGUGAUCAUCUCGUUUGUGCUGCUGCACGUGCGGUACCGGCCCUUCCAGAUCGCCGGCAUCCUGGUGGCCUGCGGCGGCAUGGGCCUACUGCUGGCGUCGGACCACAUCACGCACUCGAACGGCGGCCCGACAGCGGACAAGGUCAAGGGUGACCUCUUCGGCCUGCUGGGCGCGAGUCUGUACGGCAUCAGCAAUGUGUUUGAGGAGUGGUUCGUCAGCAAGCGGCCGGCCUACGAGGUGCUUGCCUGUCUCGGCUUCUGGGGCGUCAUCAUCAACGGCGUGACCGCGGCCAUCUUUGACCGGCACUCGUUUGCGCACGCGACCUGGAACGGCAAGGUGGGCGGCUACCUGACCGGCUACACGCUCAUCCUCUUCAUCUUCUACACGCUGGCGCCACUGAUCCUGCGCAUGGGCAGCGCCGCCUUCUUCGACAUCUCCCUGCUGACGGGCAACUUCUGGGGCGUCAUCAUCGGCAUCCACGUCUUUGGCGAGACCAUUCAUUACCUGUACCCGAUCGCGUUUGUGCUCAUCGUCAUCGGUUUGUUUGUCUACUUUCUGUCCGGCAGCCUGCUGGGUGACGCGCGGAAGCCCUGGCUGGGCACGAACCAGGAGGACGGCGUGGCCGGCUGGGGGACGGCGAAGCUGAAGGCGCUGAACGAGGCGCGGAAGCAGGAUCUGGAGGAUGGCGAGACACCGGUGGCGGAUUGA